GUCGAAAGAAACCCACAGGGCGCGUGGAAUACCCUACGAUGGCGUAUAUUUAUCACUCGCCUGCUUCCCGUUCCCUACUUUCAAACGGGACCGAACACAGCGGCCGCCCCCAACUCGCAGUUAUGAACGGAGUCUUCCUAAGAAGUGGCGGCCGAGGAGCCCACGGCCUCCUCCUCGGCCACCUUAGAUCUCCCCGCGUCUGCGUCGAGCACUCCAAGCUUUCAUCAACGCGGUCCAGAGCCUACGUCCGCUCCCACAUCCUCUUUUCCAAGUUCAAGGAGUCCUCAUCCGGGUUCUCACACGGCUCGCCUUCCCUGUACUCCCUUUCCUUGUCAACUGCAACUGGCGCGGCAUCAUUUUCUUGGAUCCGGAAUGGGUUCAUAAGUUGGUAUAUCGGCAUGAUCGAAGCCCGCCCUGUCCUCACCAAGAGCCUCACCGCGGGGGUUGUCUUCACCGCCGCGGACAUCUCCUCCCAGAUUAUUACACUUGCAUCCUCCGGGGGUCUUGAUUUCAUAAGAACUCUGCGAAUGGCGGGUUAUGGGUUGCUUGUUUCAGGACCCUCUUUGCAUUUCUGGUUCAAUUUUGUUUCCAGAAUUCUACCAAAACGAGAUGUUUUUACGACUUUUAAAAAGAUGGUUCUUGGGCAAGUUACAUAUGGGCCUAUAAUAACUGGUGUUUUUUUCUCAAUGAAUGCCGGAUUACAAGGUGAAACUGGUGCUGAAAUCUCUGCCAGGUUAAAAAGAGAUUUGAUUCCUACUCUAUUAAGUGGAAUUAUGUACUGGCCUAUAUGCGACUUCAUUACAUUUAAAUUUGUCCCUGUCCGUCUUCAGCCCUUGGUCAGCAAUUCAUUCUCAUUUCUCUGGACCAUCUAUAUCACAUACAUGGCAAGCUUGGAGAAGGCAGUUGUGGAAAAGACGGCGACGGACUAAAUCCUCUUGGUAGCUCUAGCUCAAUGUUGUGACUUGGAUCUUUCCAAAUUUUGAACCGCACAGAAAUAAUAUGGUCGAAAGUGUUACCUAACUUCUUAAUUUUUCAUAUGAUGUAUUCUGAAAGAACAAGUGCAAUUCAUAGGUUUCCAUCAUUGAAGUGCCUCGUUCAUCCUUGUUAAACUUCAUGGGAAAAACUAUCAAGCAUUAUAGAAAAACCUGUUCUUAUUUUACACAGAGAAAAACAUUUUGAUUGACCUCUGAUAGAGAGGAGAACUCUUGUUUGAACAUUUCUGAUUAAUAAGACUUCUGGUUUCUGGGAAAA